UUGAAACUAUUGUUCUUCUUCAUUACGUUCAAUUGCAGCUUUUCAAAAUGUCUAACCCUGUGUAUACUUUGGCCGAGGGUCAGCCUGUUCGGGACCCCUCAGUGAGCACUACCCUCCCCGUCUUUGGCGGCGGCGGUCUCACAACUCUUGGUGACACCCUUCUCCUUGAGACUCUGGCCCAUUUCAGUCGAGAGCGCAUCCCUGAACGAGUCGUUCACGCCAAAGCUGCUGGUGCCUGGGGUGAAUUCGAGGUCACAAACCCUGAAAUCGCUCAAUUGACUUGCGCCAAGUUCCUCGACACCGCUGGCAAGAAGACUCAAGUUCUCUUCCGUCUGAGUACUACUGGUGGUGAGAAGGGCAGCGCCGAUACUGUUCGCGAUGUCCGAGGUUUCUCUGUCAAGUUCUUUACUGAGGAAGGAAACUACGACAUUGUCGGGAACCAUGUUCCUGUCUUCUUUGUCCGCGAUCCCAUGCGAUUCCCUUCAUUGAACCGAAGCCACAAGCGACAUCCCGCCACCAACCGACCUGAUGCUACCAUGUUCUGGGACUUUCACGUCAACCAACCCGAGAGUGUCCAUACCCUAAUGCAUCUCUUCGGUAGCCGCGGUCUUCCCGACUCCAUCCGCCGCGUCACCGGCUUCGGCGUUCACACCUUCAAGCUCAUUGACAGCUCUGGCCGUCCCAGAUACUGCAAAUUCCACUUCCGUCCCGAGACUGGCCACACCAGCUUUGCAUCUGCUGAAGAAGCUGAGAAGAAGGCUGGUGCUAAUGCUGAUUACCAUACUGAGGAUCUCUGGGAUGCUAUUGCCCGUGGCGAGUAUCCUGUCUGGAAGUUGUAUGUUCAGGUCAUGGAGCCUGAGAGGGCUGAGACCUUUGGUCGCGCUUUGUUCGAUAUUACAAAGAUUUGGUCUCAUAAGGACUUUCCUCUGAUUGAGGUUGGAAAGAUGACCUUGAACAAGAACCCCGACAACUACUUUGCUGAGAUUGAGCAAGCUGCUUUCUCACCAUCAAACCUGGUCCCUGGUAUCGCCAUGACUCCCGAUCCUAUGCUUCAGGCUCGCAUGUUCGCCUACCCCGACGCUCAACGAUAUCGUCUCGGCUCCAACUACGCCCAACUCCCUCCCAACCGCCCUAUCGCACCCGUCUACGCGCCCUUCGUCCGCGACGGCAUCACCACCACCAAGAACUACGGCGGCGACCCUAACUACGUCCGAAGCACUCUCAGCCCCGGCGUCACCACUCAAUCCAUCACUCAGAUCACACACCACGAGCGUAUUGCUGCCAACGCACUUCUCGGUCUGAAUGAGAUCCCCGUUGACGAUGAGGACUUUGUUCAGCCUCGGGAUCUGUGGAGGAGAGUCUUUGAUGAUGCUGAGAAGGAGAAGUUUGUGGGUAAUGUUGUUGGAAGCUUGGCUGGUACACCUGCUCCUUUGAGGGAGGCUGUCGUUGCUAUGUUUAGCAAGGUUGAUGGUGAGAUUGGCCAGCGAAUGAUGGCCAAGAUUAAGGAGGAUGCUACUCACCUUUAGGCGUUAAACAGCAUGAACUUAUGGCUUAGACUUAAUGAGAUAGAUCAGCGCUAGACGUAUAGAAUGCUUAGAGUAGACCUCUUCUUUUUUGAAGAGUCAUAUUGACAAUGCGCGUGAUAUGAGAUAUAUGUCAAGAUACUGGUCCUCAUGUC